AUGGCCGAGUUCAUUCGCUCGCAGAUCCUGGGAACCACCUUCGAAACCACAAACAGGCAAGAAUCCCCGCCGGUAUAUGCGGACCUUCAACCGGUCGGACUUGGGGCCUUUGGGCUCGUCUGCUCCGCAAACGAUCUCAUCGCCCGCCAACCAGUGGCCAUCAAGAAGAUGAUGAAGCCCUUCUCGAACCCCACGAUCGCUAAGCGUACGUAUCGGGAAGUCAAGCUGCUCAAGCAUUUACGUCAUGAAAAUCUCAUUGGCCUGAGUGAUAUCUUCAUCUCCCCGUCCGAGGAUGUGUACCUUGUCACAGAGCUUCUGGGGACCGAUCUAAAUCGACUCCUCACUUCCAAGCCCCUCGAUGGCAAGUUUGUACAGUACUUCACGUAUCAGCUUCUGCGGGGGUUAAAAUACAUUCAUUCGGCCGGAGUCAUCCACCGGGAUCUCAAGCCCAGUAAUCUCCUGAUUAACGAGAACUGCGACUUGAAGAUCUGUGACUUCGGUCUAGCUCGAGUGCAAGAACCCCAGAUGACGGGCUAUGUGUCCACAAGAUACUACAGAGCACCGGAGAUUAUGUUGACUUGGCAGAGAUACGGCAAGCAGGUCGACAUCUGGAGUGCAGGCUGCAUUGUUGCUGAGAUGCUGCGUGGAAAGCCCUUAUUCCCUGGCAAGGACCACAUCAACCAGUUCUUCCUGAUCACGGAAGCGUUGGGAAGCCCACCGGAUGAAGUGAUCCAGAGGAUCAGCACGAAGACAACUUUGCAGAUCGUCCAGUCACUGGGCAAACGCAAACCUCCUGUGUGGGCAUCCCUGUUUCCCGGAGCCGAUGCGCAAGCCGUUGAUUUGCUCUCCAAAAUGCUCGUGAUCGAUCCCGACAAACGCAUAUCCGCCGAAGAAGCUUUAGAACAUCCAUACCUAGCUGUUUAUCACGACCCUAACGAUGAACCGGUCGCAGAGACGAUGUUUGACUGGUCAUUCCAGGAGGCCGUCCAUUCCAUCGAUGAGUGGAAGAUCAUGAUAUACUCCGAGGUGGUUGAUUUUCACGACCUUGGUCCAACGGGACAGCCCACUGUUGACCCAGCCACAUCUGUUGAUCUGGCAUUCGGGAUUGAUGGUGCAGCUGGUCUAGGCCCCCAGCCAGUUGAUGGCAUAUACCAGACUGCUGUCGACAAUAUCGACCAAGACAUCCUGCAAUACCUGCAGAUUUAGCCCAUGCCAGUCAUUGGUUCAUUGGAAUGAAAGCGAAGAGCAAGGGAAAGUAGGUACAGGUAGUAUCUAUCACAGUAUUAAGUGUGCAGAUAUUCCUGGAGCAGGUGACAUCAUGACGCACAUGUUCCUUCCAAAAUUACUCACCUCCGAUUGUAAGGAGGUCAACUAACCCCGCCCCUUGCCCCAUUUGCUUUUCGAUCACAUGAACCUCGAACCACAUUUACCUACCUAUUACAAGAGCCAUAAACCCAUCGCUGCCCCAUUAGUCAAGGCUGCUCGAACACUCGGCAUAGCCACGGCGAGAAAUACCUACAUUGCUGC